AUGCAGUACAUCUUAUACACUUUCUUCUAUUUUCUUCAUUUCAGUAACGGUGGAUUCCGACCUGUAUUGGAUAAUGGCCAGCCAAGGACAACUCCGCCACUGUUUCUUCCUCCACAUUUGGCAUCCCUGGGAUCGCAAUUUGCCCCACCAUUGUUUCCAAAUCUAAAAGCGGCCUUCCCAAGUUUGUGUUCGUGCUGUCCAGCAAAGUCCCCGAUCACCACCGGGUCGUCAACGGCCACGUCCUCACCAACGUGCACUUCGCUAGCUCACUCGAUCGUCAGUGCCGGAACAACUCCAACCAGUAGCGGAUCGCUUGGCCCGUCAGAUCCCCGUUCGUCAUCGGUAGCUGAGCUACGCCGGAAAGCCCAAGAACACUCGGCAGCCCUGCUACAUUCGCUUCAAGCCGCAGCAGCUGCAGGCCUUGCCUUUCCCGGAUUCCAUCUGCCACCACUUUCGCUGCACACCGCUCUCAGUAGUGGUCGCAAGCCGAGUGAUUUCAUCAGUGAUCUCUCGAUGCACCACCACCUGAGCAGUCACGCUGCCGGACUGUCCGCCCUAGGUGCCCCCAAUCUGAACAAUAACAAUCCCACCAGCAUGAACAACAAUAGUGUGUCAAGUUUAGGUGAUUCUCCUUCCCCGACGAGACACAACGGAGACAAGUCCUCCAGUGAUUAGAAGAAAUCUGGAAAUGGUUUCGGUUCAAACGAAAAUUGUGAUGAUGGUUUUGGUAAGGAAAUCCUUGUACAUACUUAAAUGAAGCUAGGCGAAGAAAGUUCUUUGAUCGCUCGUACAUUACUAUGGUUCGUACUAAAAUGUUGAUUGCUUAGUGAGAGUAGAUUAUUAACAUUCCACGGCAACUUGCAAUAAAUUAGCAUUAGAGCAAAAGUUAGUAUUCAAAAUUACUUAAUUUAGUUGAUUAUUACGGAUAACUAGAAAAAUCGUAAGGAUUAAAAAUUUCGGUUGAACAAAACCGAUUUGCAGUAUCAUAUGAAUUUCCGAAUAUUCUCGAAACUCCAGUAUAAUUAAGUUCUACCAAUUCUUUGAUUGGCAGCAAUGUACAUACAAAUCACAAACAAUACGUAAAGCGCAAAUGAAACCGAAUCAAAAUAGCAUUUAAUUAUUUGAGUUUGAUGAAUUAUUGUAUGUAUAGAAUUUUGAAACGGUUUGUAAUCAGUACUCUGGUAUAAAAAAAUAAAACAAUUAUAACAGAUAAUCCAUUAAAGUUUUGCUUAAUUAAACACCAUCUCAAAAUAGAUGUAACAAACAAUACAAGCCAAAUAAAGAAACCGAAAAAAUACAAAUAAAUCUAUUAUGAUGAAGUUGA